UUGGCGCCUGCGCAUAGAUGCUCUCUCGUUCUUUCCAUGUCAGUCGGAGGUCCUCGGAUCUUAUUUUGUGUUACUAGUGGUGACAAGGAAAACGUUGCAACUCUCUGCAGGAGGGAGGGUAGCGAAAGGGAUCGGGGGUGGAGGGUCUUCUUUCCCGGUGUCGCGCCAUGACGGCGAACGAAGACCAGGAGAUGGAGCUAGAAGCUCUACGUUCCAUUUAUGAAGGUGAUGAGUGUUUUAGGGAACUUAGCCCCAUAUCCUUUCAAUAUAGGAUAGGUGAAAAUGGAGACCCCAAAGCAUUCCUGAUAGAAAUAACAUGGCCAGAAACAUACCCUCAAACUGCUCCAGUCAUAUCUAUGGAUGCAUUCUUCAACAAUGCUAUAUCCUUCACCGUAAAGCAAAGUAUAUUGGCUAAAUUAAUGGAAGAAGUUGAGGUUAACCUUGGAACCUCUAUGACAUACACUAUUUUUGAAUAUGCAAAAGACAAUAAAGAGCUGUUCAUGGAAAAUCAACCUGUUAAUAUUGUGACAGCUUUGAACAACUGCAUCUCAAUGGGACAUCCUGAUUCUGCACAACCUAGUAAGAAAAAAGAGAAAAAGGAACAAUUGACCAAAACACAAAAACGAAAGUUAGCAGAUAAAACAGAUCACAAAGGAGAGCUUCCUCGAGGAUGGAAUUGGGUUGAUGUAAUCAAGGUAAUAUAGUUGGCAAUUGAAAAUAUUUAAUACAUACAUCUUUAAGAGACUUCAGCAGUGACUAAUCUGUUUCUCUUCCUUUCCUGUCCUUUUUUUUAUUAAACAUUUUGGACAUGAAUGAAAUUUGGAUUAUCUUCUUGUUCUUAAAUAGCAUCUAAGCAAAACUGGUUCGAAGGAUGAUGAAUAAGAGGACUUUGAUACAGGAAAACAUCGAUUUUUGUUACAACAGUGUGUGGAGUCAACUACCGUUCUCUCUUUUUUCAUUUACAUUUUAUAAAAUGACAGUUCCUCACAUUUCAUUGGGUAAAGGUAUGCUCACCUAGAGGGCCAUGUUUCUGGAAUCCAUAAUUACUUUCUUCGUAACACAUGUUUGCCUUUCAAGAAAGUAGGCUGAAGAUGGUCCCAUUUUAUUUGGAUGCCAGCUAUCAUGACACGGGGUAUAACAGCAUGUAAUUUUAAUUUAUAUUGUUUCACUCUGUACUAACUCAUGUAAAACUGAAAGUGAAUCACUUAAUGCUCUAGCUGCUAGUCUAACUUCAUAUUUCAUUCUUGCAUAACAUCUUCAGUGUAAUUUCAAAUACCAGCUUUUCAGAUAAAAUGUACAAUAGUUGGGAGUGUUAUAGUAGGCUAAAUUUAUGAAAAAUAUCAGUCUGUUUGAACUCUGAUAUCUUUAAGAAGGAACUUUGCAGUCCCGUGGUCUCCCUAUAGCAUAGCUUCCCUGCUGUAAUAUAAUCACAGUUCACAGUCCUAGAAAGCAAAACAGUACCAUGAGAUACAAAAGGUAAUGUAGCAAUGUUCACAUCCGUUCCCAUUGCAAAUCUGCAGUUAUCCACCAUCUGUACUGUUGUGCCUAAUGAUGCCCUUGUAUUGGUGUAUUCCCUGAAUGGGUAAUCAGUCUAUGGCAAAGGAGGAAUACAGCCAUGAUAUAAUUAACCCCAGUACAAGUAGCAUCCCAUGCACAAUCAGGGAAAGAUACUGUACCUCUUUGGUACAGCUCCAUGGUGUAGGAAACUACCAAUAUGCAGCUGCAGCUACAAACAUCAGGCCUCCCUUUAGGCAUGGGUUCAAUCUUCUGCCAAUCCCCAUAGCAGAAGCCUAUAACAAUAAUCCUUCUGCCAGUCACACAAAAGGGUAAGAAAGGAGAACCAUGGUAUUGACAACCCAAUAUCCCAGUUAGCAGACAGGUGCACCUGGAGAAACUGUAUUCCCCCAGGAGAUCUGCUGUGUGAUCUGUGCUCUGACAUGGAUUAGCGUGAGAACAUUCCACAUAAUUGGUAUAUGUUGGUGUCUGACUGCAAGAGAAAUAUUUUUCUAGGCAAGAAAGAAGGAACAGUGUAACAGGUGACUCACAGGAGCCAGCACCAGGAGUUGUCGGGUGGUUCGGUGAGAUAGAGUACUAUAAGGGAAAAUAGAAGAGGGUGAGGUCACAGCUUACUUUUGGAUGCUGCUGCAAGAAAAAAAAUUAUAAAAAGGAGAGGGAAUAGGACUAGAAUCCACAAGUUCAACACUAGAGAGUAAAUUCCCAGCCACAGGAAUAAGCAUGUCAGACCCAUAGCAUGGCCUUUGUAGCUAUUCAGUGCCCUAUCCUAUGAUAUAUCUCCCCAGAACCAUAUAUAGGCUAAAUCAAACUGUAAGGAUUGCAUUUGGAGCUACAACUCAUGGAAUGGGAUAGCACAAGUCACAUGCACAUAAGGUUGCAAGUUCAAUCCCUGGAUGAGACCUCCUAGCAAAAAAAGACAGAAAGAGCUCCAUAUAUAGACAUAUCUCAGACAGGACAGUGAUAUUGGCGGUUGAAGUAAAUUAUUCAUGGGCGAAUGGUCUCUUAAGUAAUUGCCUGCCUCAUUUAUGCCAUAGGAUGCAAUCAUUUUGCCCAGCUCCAUCAUUUCAUCCCAGCCCCACUUCCCAUAAACCUUUGGUUGAUUGCCGGUGGGUGCUGGUGAUUAUCCUUAGAGGCCAUACCCCAUUUACACACACCCUUCCACUACUUGGUGUUUUAGCACAUUAACAUUUAUCAGGGGAAGUUGAGAAGACAGUGAAGUGUUGGGAUACACCUUAUUACUACUCUUGCUAGCACUCCAGUGGCCACAAACCAUCACCUCUUAUCAAGGCUUUGAUUAUGGGGGAAGAGGAAGGGGAGCCCUUAAUGAAAUCCACGAGCCCUACUCAGUCCCUCUAAUUUCAGCGAAAUGAUGCCACAUCUUUUGCAAAUGUACAGGAAAAUCCACAUCCCAAUCUGUCAGUACAGAUAGAACUAAUAUGGCGCCUGGGCUAGUGACCUGGCCGCAGGGAAUUUGUACCUUUAUUCUGAUUCACUCAUCUAUAAAGAUGGAGCCUUAAGAAUAAUUAAACUUCUGAUUAUUUUUUAAAAUAUAGGUAAUGAUAAUACUUGCAUGAAAAUUGCCUCUGUGAUUGCAGUCCUAAAUACACUGGGUUAUAUCCAAUGUAGUGCUAAGUGAGGCAUUUGAUUAGUGCAAGCAUACACUUGCACAACUGAACUUCCCCCCUCUUCCCCUGCAUGCCCCCUAAAUCUGUUUGGGAGGGGGUGUUUCCCAACUCUGGAACAGAUUUGAGAAGGGGAAGUUCAGUUGUGCAAGUGUAAAACCUUGUGCUAAUGGAACAAGUUCACUGGAUACCACCCUCUAGGGAGGGGCGGAGCAAUCCAGCUUGCCAGAGGCUGGCAGGAGCGAAGCUGGUGGAAGGGGCUGCCACAUCCAACUGCUGCUCGAAGGCCUCAUGGAGGGAAGGAUGCUGGCUGCCCUGGCAGGGCACAGUAGAAAGAAAGAAAAAGACAUGUUGCCUUCCCCCACCCCUUUUCCCGGCAUACUGGCUGCUGCAACGGAGGGCCAUGAGAGGGAGGUGAAUGGGACCUGGAUAUCAUGUGAGUCCCUCCUCCAACACCCCCCAGAACACCCCUUUUUCAGGUCUUCUGCUGCCUGCCCUUACUCUGGCCUGGGUUUCUCCAGCGGACCUCCAGCUGAGCUGGGGUGAGGAAUUUAUGCUGGCGUAGCCUGGAUGAGCCGAGACCCAGCUGGAGGUUCACCAUAUCCAACUCCCUUUAGCCCGGUGUAAAUGCAAGCUGGAUUGCACCCUAAGCUCCCCUAAACUCACUUCUGUGUAAACCUGCAUAGGACUGCACUGUAUUAAAAUCUGUGAUGAAAAAAAGGCUAGUACCAACACACCAGCAAUAUAUUUUCUCUGUUGAAAAUGCAUUUUCUAUAGUUUAUAUAUUUACCUCUCAAAGGGUAGCAGUGUGCCAGCCCUGGGUGCUGUCUAGACAUAUUUAUUUCUGUUUGUUAUUUUCUUCCCUUAGAAAAAUAGGAAUUGUCAUAAGUUUUCUGUUAUAUGAAUAAAGAGAUAGAUAUAACCAUCCCACCAAAUGGGUUGGUAAAAUAGAUUUUCUGUGGAUGUGCUGUCUUGUAACUGAAAGUUCUCUUGGCUAUAUAAAAAAUAAUAGAGCAUAAGAUGCCUUAAUGCAAUCUAUUUUUUAUUGUCGGGAGGGAGGGGUUGAAAUAAAUAUAUCUUUAUGCGCUG